AUGCUUUUCUUUCUUUACACACUCCUGCUUUUCAUUCUGCUUCAUACAAAAGCAGAAAAGCCUUUUUGUCGAAUGAUGGGAGACCCUAAUUACCCACUGAUAUCCAAAGAUGGAGAUGUAACUAUUGGAGCACUUUUUCCUAUCCGGAGCAUAGAGACAUUACCUUCAUUUGAAUUUACACAAAAACCUCAGUUGCUAUCAUGCUCCAGUGUAAAUCUAAGAGAUUUUCGGAUGGCUCAGACCAUGAUCUUUGCCAUUGACGAGAUUAACAACAGUAAAAGUUUACUCCCAAAUAUUUCUAUUGGCUACCGAAUUUAUGAUACCUGUGGUUCAAGAUUGUCUUCUAUGAGUGCAACUAUGGCAUUAAUGAAUGGACAAGAAUUUGCAGCAGAGGACACAUGCGAUGGGCAGUCUCCUAUACAUGCCAUCAUAGGAGAAACAGAAUCAUCAGCCACAGUGAUUCUGUCCAGAACUACAGGGCCUUUUAAAAUUCCAGUGAUAAGUCACUCAGCCACAUGUGAAUGUCUCAGUAACAGGAAAAAUUAUCCAUCUUUCUUCAGGACUAUUGCUAGCGAUUACCACCAGAGCAGAGCUCUUGCAUACAUAAUCAAACACUUUGGCUGGUCUUGGGUGGGAGCUGUGAACAGUGACAAUGAUUAUGGGAACAAUGGAAUGGGCAUAUUUCUGAAUACGGCCCAGGAAGAAGGGAUUUGUGUGGAGUACUCUGAGAAAUUCUACCGAACAGAGCCUGAAAAACUUCGAAAAGUGGUGGCGACAAUUAAAAAAAGCACUGCAAAAGUGAUUGUUGUGUUUCUUACCAGUUUUGAAAUGGAAAAUUUGCUUGAGCAACUAAGUACUGAGAAUAUUACAGGCCUCCAAAUGAUUGGGGUAGAGGCAUGGAUAACUGCUAAAAGUUUGAUUGGUCCAAACAGCUUUCGUGUUCUUGGAGGGUCACUGGGGUUUGCAGUGAGAAAAAUCAAUAUUGAAGGUUUUGCAGACUAUGUUAUAAAGUCAUUUUGGGAAACAGCUUUUCCAUGCUCACAGAGAGAAAGAAAUCUUCCUCAAUAUGCAUUAAGUUGCAACAUAUAUCAGGAUCUGCUUGUGCUUAAAAACUACAAUGAAGAUGUACCUGAACAAAGAUAUUCGAGCAAUGUGUACAAAGCUGUUUAUGCUGUGGCUCAUUCACUACACAGUCUACUCAAGUGCAAAGAAAAUAAAGGUUGUGAGAAAGACCUAAAAAUACAACCUCAGCAGGUUGUUGAAGCACUGAAAAGAGUAAAUUUCACUGUAACAAUGGGAGAUCGUGUGUGGUUUGACAGCACUGGUGCCGCAGUAGCCCAAUAUGAAGUUGUGAACUGGCAGAAGGACUCUGAUGGCUCAAUCCAAUUUACACCAGUGGGAUACUAUGAUGCCUCACUGCCCCCUGACCAGCGCUUUGUGCUCAAGACUGAAAACAUAAUCUGGACUGGAGGACAGCUGGAGAAACCAAGGUCUGUGUGCAGUGAGAGCUGUCCUCCAGGAACUAGGAAAGCUGCACAAAAAGGAAGACCUGUCUGCUGUUAUGAUUGUAUUCCAUGUGCAGAAGGAGAAAUCAGUAAUGAGACAGAUUCAAAUAACUGCAAGCAGUGUCCAGCAGAAUACUGGUCUAAUGCUGAGAAAAAUAAAUGUGUGUUAAAGGUUGUAGAGUUUCUGUCAUUCACAGAAGUUAUGGGUAUAGUGCUUGUCUUUUUCUCACUCUUUGGAGUAGGAUUAACUGCACUGGUAGCCAUUCUGUUUUACAGUAAGAAGGACACCCCCAUAGUAAAAGCCAACAACUCAGAGCUGAGCUUCCUGCUGCUCUUCUCAUUGACUCUUUGUUUUCUCUGCUCACUUACUUUCAUUGGUCAGCCCACAGAGUGGUCCUGUAUGUUGCGUCACACAGCAUUUGGAAUAACUUUUGUCCUCUGUAUCUCCUGUGUUCUGGGGAAAACAAUAGUUGUGUUAAUGGCCUUUAAGGCUACACUUCCAGGAAGUAAUGUCAUGAAAUGGUUUGGGCCUGCACAACAACGACUCAGUGUUCUUGCCUUUACACUUAUACAAGUUCUUAUCUGUGUACUUUGGCUAACAAUAUCUCCUCCAUUUCCUCACAAAAAUAUGAAAUAUUAUAAGGACAAGAUCAUUCUUGAGUGUAGUCUGGGUUCUACAAUAGGUUUCUCUGCUGUUCUGGGUUAUAUUGGCCUAUUGGCUGUCUUGUGUUUCAUUCUGGCUUUUCUGGCUCGCACACUGCCUGAUAACUUCAAUGAAGCCAAAUUCAUUACAUUCAGUAUGCUUAUAUUCUGUGCUGUAUGGAUUACAUUUAUCCCAUCUUAUGUCAGUUCUCCUGGAAAAUUUACUGUAGCUGUGGAGAUUUUUGCAAUUUUAGCCUCAAGCUUUGGCUUACUGUUCUGCAUAUUUGCACCUAAAUGUUUCAUCAUCCUACUUAAGCCUGAACAAAAUACAAAACAACAUAUGAUGGGAAAGGUUCCAUCCAAAUCCUACUGA